UCUGAAAGCUGAAUAGUCCGGGGCAAAGAGUGGCUGUCGGUCGAUCUGAAAGUCUAGUGAACUUGUGUUUUUUAAAGAGGUCGUCUCUUCGUUAUUUCAUUCCGCAUGAACAUUUUAACACAUUUCAAUAAAAUCAGGAUACGUUCCCGAUCCUCCCCAUCGUCUUGCCAAAUGUUAAACCCUACGAACUUUGUUAAGCAUGGCAAAUAAUUCGGUGUCAAAUUUGUAUCUACUUUUUCUGCGAUGAUCGACUGGUGUCGUCAACAAUUAUUCUGUACUUGAACUAGAUGAGGAAGCGAUGGAAGUGCUGGAGACGGAAGAUCGAGUAAUCGAGCAGCCUGACAAUAGGCCUGACGACAGGCCUUUACAGAGGGAUGUCCAAGGAACAGGAGAAAACACAAACCGAGAGGUAUUACCUGACAUCGAAGCAGCUGAACCGAUAAACUUUGCAGUUGCACAACACGAAGACAAUUUACCGAGGUCACAAGAAUCGUAUGACCAGAAUCCCGAGGAAAAUGAAAGCGACAACAACGAAGAACCUCCCGAGAACACAAACAAAAGAAAAGAACCAGAUACAGACGGAGAGGGCGAUGCAGACUCUGGUCAGUCGUGUCCCAUCUGCAUGGAGUUAUGGAACAAUUCCGGUGAACAUCGUUUAUGUUCUCUACGUUGCGGUCACCUAUUCGGCUACAAUUGUAUAGUACGCUGGCUACAGACCGGAUGCAACGCAGGUGCCCGUCGUUGUCCUCAAUGCAACCACAAGGCCACUAUCAAGGACAUUCGUAUUUUGUACGUCAGAAAGUUACAAGCGGUCGACACCAGCGAAACUGAAAAACUGAAGGAUGAACUGAAUCGGAUCACCACUGAGAAGAGUCGACUCGAAAUGGAAGUAGCGAGAUACACGAUGAGGCAGACGUUGUUCGAGCAGCAACUGGCCAGCAUGAAACAGCGAAUAUUGGAAUUAGAGAGCCAGCAGUUGCAGAUGAGCAAAGAAUAUCAGUCGAACCCACAGCUGUCGACCUCCCAACCGCCGCUAAGAAAAUUUCACUUGGAAAGAUCGAUCGAUAUUUGCAAAGACGGAGGGUGCAGAGUUUUGGCCUACAAUCCGUGGUACCACCUUCUAAUAAUCUCCGCAAAGUCUACAAAUGCCUUGUUUUCUGGAUACGGUGUCAGGAAGAUCGAUUCCAAGGACUUUCGGUCAAGACAAUUUGUUUUCCUGCACACUCAGCCGAUCAGGGAUGUGUCGUUCAAUCCGUCCAUAAACGAAAUCCUCCUCAGCGUAGGAUUCGACAAGUGUGCCAAGUUGAUGGAUAUCCACAACAACUCGGUGGUCCAUAAUUACCAGACCGAUCACCAACUGUGGAGCUGCUGCUGGGACGGAUACAAUCACAAUAUCUUUAUGAUCGGUGCACAAAAUGGUUCGGUUAUCCAGUACGACAUCAGACAAACCAGUGGUCCUAUAAAUCACAUGGACGGUCCUGGCGACAGAUCACCCGUUGUUUCUCUGGCCAGAGUAGCACCGUCUUAUAACGGUGGAUUGUCUGCGGGCGGAUUCAUUGCGUGUCGUUUGAACACCUGUUUCGCUUACGAAACUAAAGAUGGAGGUUACAUAGGGAAGCAAAUGUUCCUAGAGGGUCCUUUCGUCGCCGUCUGUUACGACUCAGACAGCAAACACGCCGUCGUUUCAUCCAGACCUAACGCCAGGCAUCCUCAGGCAAGGCACACAGUUUGCACGAUUGACAAAGGAAACGAAGAAAUCAUGGUGUGCAACGUGCUCCACACCUUCCAAGGCGGCAACUCGCAGAAAUUGCUGUCCAGACCGUGUCAAAUUAAGACCGAAAACGACAUGCUAGUCGCUGCCCAUCAAGAAGCCACUAGCUCUAUACCGAUCUGGAGUAUAUCCACCGGAAGACAACUUUACAGUCUGCCAGUUUCUGAUCCUGUAAUAGAUUUCUGUGCUUUCAAUACAAAGAGCAACGACCUGUUUCUGGCCACCCUGUCCGAGAAGAAACUUAGAGCGUACAAAUACGGUAACUGAGGAAAACUCGGGAGAUUUUCCGGCCCGAAAUUUUCAGGGAAGAGACGAAAUAUCGACUUAUGCUGAAAAAUGAAACGAUUAGGAGUAACUAGGUAAUUAUGAUAGCCACCACGUGUUUAUGAUUUCGAUUUUAUUUGGGAAUUUGGUUUCGGAAAUAGUUGAUCAUGUUGGACUAGAAAUUUCAGUGUUCUCAUCAGCCCUGUUAAUAUUCAGAAAACACUGCCAACGACAAAGUGCUGUGGAACUGAUUAAUCUGUAAAUAUUUAAUAAGAUAGUGUAAUUUGACGGACGAAAAAUUUUAUCAUCGAAUUAACGUGUUGUAUUUAUAAUCUUUGUCACACGAAAAAUGAACUUAAAAUCGAAUGAUUGUUAUUAGAUCGUCCUGUAAGUUGUAUUCGAAUAUUUCAGACAAGUUAAUGAAAUUAUUUUUAAGUAGAAGAAACGGGUUUUCAUCAAUAGUAAUGUGUUCAAUUUCCAACAACUUGUUACUUCAGAUGUUCGCAGGAACGUUUGUAGCGAUGUAAUGUGAUAUGGAUUAUCUUUAGCACUUAAGUAUUUUGUAUCGAAUAAAGAUUGUCUUUUGUAAUAUAAA